CAAUAAAUGUAAGCAGAAUUAAUUGGUUCAUCAAACCAUGUUUUACAUCAACUUCCUUUACAUUCAAUCUGUAAGUCUGAAGUACCAACGUGAAGCUCAUCUGUUUUCCAUUACAUUUAUGGUUUCUUCACUCCCACUAGACAACAUUUGACCAAGAGGAACAGGGAAAGAGAGGAGCUUCUCAGUGGUGAUGUACCUGGGAAAGAGAGGCUGAGUGAGAAGAAGAGGAAGAGAAACAUCCACCUGGUAUGACUUGCCAAGUACCUAGGGUGAGUUUUCAUAAGACAGGUUAGAAUGCGCUGGUCUGACAACUCUCACCCCUCUGGGUCUGGACAGGAACGGGCCAUGGUGAACCAAAGCUCCCCAGGGGGCUUCCUCCUUCUGGGCUUCUCUGCACAUCCAAGACUGGAAAGAAUCCUCUUUGUGGUUGUCUUGAUUUCUUACCUCCUGACUCUGAUGGGAAACACACUCAUCAUCCUGCUGUCUGUGCUAAACCCCAGGCUCCACUCGCCAAUGUACUUUUUCCUCUCCAAUCUCUCCUUCUUGGACCUCUGCUUCACCACAAGUUGUGUCCCCCAGAUGCUGGUCAACCUCUGGGGCCCAAAGAAGACCAUCAGCUUCUUGGGCUGCUCUGUUCAGCUCUUCAUCUUCCUCUUCCUGGGGACCACUGAAUGCAUCCUUCUAACAGUGAUGGCCUUUGACCGCUAUGUGGCUGUCUGCCAGCCCCUCCACUAUGCCACCAUCAUCCAUCCUCGCCUGUGCUGGCGGCUGGCAGCUGUGGCCUGGGUCAUUGGGCUGGUGGAGUCAGUGGUCCAGACACCACCCACUCUCCAACUGCCUUUCUGCUCCCACCGGCAGGUAGAUGAUUUUUUGUGUGAGGUCCCAGCUCUAAUUCGACUCUCCUGCGGGGACACCACAUACAAUGAAAUCCAAAUGGCUAUUGCCAGUGUCUUCAUCUUAGUUGUGCCCCUCAGUCUCAUCCUUGUUUCCUACGGUGUCAUUGCCCGGGCAGUAAUAAGGAUUAACUCUGAAAAAGGGCAGAGGAAGGUUUUUGGCACCUGCUCCUCUCACCUCACUGUGGUCACCCUCUUCUACAGCUCAGUCAUUGCUGUCUACCUUCAACCCAAAAAUCCUUAUGCCCAAGAAAGGGGCAAGUUCUUUAGUCUCUUCUAUGCAGUGGGCACUCCUUUACUUAACCCUCUCAUAUACACCCUGAGGAACAAGGAGGUAAAGAGGGCAUUUAGAAGGUUGCUGGGGAAGGCCAGGGACUCCAGGAAGAGCUGAGGGAGAGCUAUUUGAUGUGCUUUCAAAUUGAGAGAUUUUUCACGCUUUUGUCAGGGAGUUAGUAUUCCCCACACCUCU